AGACGGAGUGGAGUGGUCUCGGUGAAUGGUUUUGUAAACGAUUAGUCAAUAUUUGCACGGAGCAUCUGCCCGGUCGAUAUAACCUGGAAGGCUGCUGUCUGGCACCACUUCUGCAAUCUAUCAGUGCCCACAGUCCAGGAUGUAUCAGCUGUUGACUGUGACCACGCUGCUCAGUGCCGCCCUGGUGUCCGGAGCCGUACCCAAGUGUGACCAGACUAUCACCAGUCAACUCGCCUCCCUCCACCCCAACGGCAUCCCGCAGAAUAUAAUUGGGAACUUGUUGAGUAACGGUCCGUACUCAUACGUGGUGGUGUCGACUGUCGAGACCUCGCUCUUCGGCAUCACAACACAAUGUAUCGGGAUCACCAUGAGGGACAGUGAUACUGCCGCGGUCAUCUACAAGUUCCCCUUGUUGACUCCUAUAAGUUUUAGGUUUGACGUGAGAGAAGACAAUGGAGUUCUUGUUCAGACUGAUGGGCAGGAGUACAAACUGUACGUGCUGUAUCUCGAGGCAGGCGUGAUAGUGACUUACCGCUGCUGUGACGCCUGUACAGCGACAGGUCCCAACGUGGGUAUCGCGGUCUCUGAUAAACAGAAGAACUCCUCAGCUACGAAGACCGCGCUUGCCAACGCGAAGGCUCUGCUGAAGAAGUUAAACCUCGACUCUGAUGUCGCCACUUUGAGAAGUUGCUCUUAAAUGUUAUUUGUUGUGUAUUAACCAAUAAAUACGGUAUAACCAAUCAAUA